AUGGAGGCGCUUAAGAGCGAAAUUGAAUCAAUCAAACUCCAAAUCCAACACCUUUGCAAUUUUGCUGAAACCAAUUGGCAAAAAUCCACUCCCUCUUCUUCCUCCACUCAAACCGACGUCAUCUCUAGCGCCAUCCAACAAGUUCUUGAGGUAUUGAAUCGCAUCGACAACAAGCUCAACGAAUUAACAACCACAUCCUCAAUAUCCUCAAUAUCCCUACCAUCGAUACGAUACUUAACCAAUACCACCGGUCCUCAUCCUAUCCCAAAUCUUGACAAGAUCGGACAUCAUACCCUCAAGUCAUUAACUAAAGACGACCUCGGACUCAAUCUCAUCGCCAACCUUCACAAACUCGAAACAGAUCCCCAUUUCCGUGGGAAAGUCUGCGUGUCCAUUGCAGACUUGGGUAUCGAUUGGAAGAAUCUUACUAAACGAGCUCUACCAUUGGCGGAUCAUGAUCAAUUUGCGGUCCAACACGAUCGGGACGAUGACGGGUUUUCACGGCUAUACCUUUCUCACUCGAAAACAAUGACUUCCAUCAAUUUCGAUUUCGACCUCAACCCGCUCACAGAUAACGAGGCCAAGCAAUUCCUUCAGGACGUUGUUGAAUCUCCUCCUCAAAACACCAUACCCUACUACGUCGGGCCUAUUGAUACCUCUGGAACACCACUUGCUUCGCUUUUCCCAUCCGGCGCACUUUCGAUACUCGGCGACCUCCCUGGAAUCAAUACCUUGUACAUGCAUAUGGGCGAGCGUGGCUCAGGGACCGCUUUCCACUGUGAGGAUGCCCAAUUGCGCUCCUAUAACCUCAAUAUUUUUGGGUGGAAGUUCUGGAUCAUGAUCGACCCGAAUGAUACUACCAAAUUUGAAAGGAUGCUUGCGACCAAAUGGGCGCUCCACAAAUGCGACCAGUCUGUACGGCAUCUGAAUAUCAUGGUAAGUCCGAAGAGGCUACUCGAAGAAGGAAUCAAGUUCGAUAUCAUUCGCGCUGGCCCCGGCGACCUGGUUAUAACACGACCACGACAAUAUCACGCAGUUAUCAAUCAAACCCCGUCUCUUGCUAUAGCAACCAAUUUCACUUUGCUUAGUGAAGAGGCAAUUCCACGUGGAUGGGUUGUUUGUCCAGAAGACGGGUUGUACAACAAGUACCAAGAGCAUGGUAACAACGAGAAUGGCAAUCAGAACAGCGAGAAUGACACUGACUCCGCUAUCAGUGUCGGUUGCGGUGAUGCCCAAAUCAAAGUUGACAGCAACACGAAGGAUACUAAUACCGAUACCGGUAUCGAAUCAGGUCGUCAACUCGCAAGCCUAACGAUAGACAAUGGUGCGAUCUUGCGAUUUAUGUCAAUCGUAUACGCUUGGGACAGUGCGGACGUCACAUUGAAAAGCUCGUUCGCCUCGAGAAAGCCUACGGACGAGUUGUCAACUGCUAGGCACUACGAUAAUCUACGACGAAAAGCACAAAAUCUCAGUAUUUUGUACACCGUUUUGGGCAUGUCAGCCAGUUUUCGGCUUUCCAAAGUCAUGAAAGAAAAUCAACAUCGACAUCGAGCAAGCGGAAGUUGUAUAUCAGCUGUGUUAGCAGGUCGUGGCAUCGAAGACACUCCUGCAGCGCGGAAGGCAUUCACGGCGGAAAUAUCUCAGGCUCGGAAGAUCAUGAGGAUGGUAGAAGGAUACGAUGGGCUUCUCUGCUUUUUACCCCUUGGGUUUGGUAGUGGGUUCACGUUAAGAGCUUUGACGAGGUUUUCGAACAAAGACCUCGAGACCUUCCGUGCCACCAUUGCUCGGUAUGAAAGCCUAAUGUUGUUGAGUGAGGUGGGCAAUGAGUUUCUACUCUCUGUUUGGGGUGAAGGAGAGUUCAGAGAAAGAUUGUUCCAAAGGAGACAGCUUGGCGAACUGCAAAACCUACCUAACGAAGACCUCAUUAAGUUUCUGACACCCAUUCAGCCUGAGGAUGGUAUAUAG